GCGCGUAGCGGUUCUGUGAGACAUUCUCUAAAGAUGUUUUCACUAAAACAUUGCGAAAUCUGAAGCAGACUAAGGGUUUUGAUGUUUUACAUAGAAUCUAGUAAAGGUUAUAAGGCAGUUAAAGUGUGGGACGAAGCGGAACUUGUACGUUAAAGUGCUGAUGCAGUUUAAGAAUCUGGCUGCAACCACAAAUGGGAAUUCGGGCAGUCUUUACAGCUACUUGGACGAAUGAUCCCGGUGCAUUUUGCUUGGAUGUCGUAGUUUACCAGAUGAUGCUGGGAUACAUCUUUCUGGGAGAGUCCUAGCUGUUUCACUCUAUUCGUUGAAAAGGUGUGGUUCAAAAGGAAGUCAUAUAUAUGAAUACAUUUCAUAAAACUUUAGUAUGGCUAGUAAAAGAAAGUCCACAGUUCCAUGCAUGGUCCGUGCUGCUGACGUGAGGGAACAUGAAGAUCAAGAUGAAGGUGAACUCCUGGUAGAAAUGAAAAAUGGUUCUCAACUGAUGUGCAAACAAUGGACUUCAAAUCCAGACGGUGUUAAAAAUCUCUGUGAAGUGCUUGAAGAGAAAGUGUCUGACAGUCCCCAUUCACAGAAACCCCAUGGGGGUUAUGAAUGUAAAUACUGCCCUUUUACAUGUGCAACUCUAAAAGAGUUUACAGAACAUGUUGACACCCAACACCCAAAUGUUAUACUGAACCCACUGUAUGUUUGCGCUGUUUGUAACUUUAUAACAAAAAAAUAUGAUAUGUUAGCUGAUCACAAUUCGAAAUGUCAUAGAGGAGAAUGCAACCUAAAACUUAAACUAAUUAAGAGCAAUAAUCAGACUGUUUUGGAACAGACCAUUGAGGAAGUUGAUAAGGCUGUUUUAGCUAGAACUGUCAAUACUGCAACAGUAGAAAAGAAUAGCUCCUCUUUGUCUGGAGGUGUGCCUAAUAAUGUGACUGAUGUGAAAAUGGAAGCAGCAAAAACUGGGACCGAGAUAUUGCAUCAGAAGGGAGAAAAAACAGUCUUAAAAAAGCAAAUAGAAGAACUUGCUAACAUUGUUGCAUCCGUUGGUAAUGGAAGGGAAAUUGUUAAAGAUUCAUUGCUACAGGAGGGAGCAACUCAUGUAAUGCCCUCAGUUCAACUUCCACCAAAUAUAAAUUUGGUUCCAAAGGUCCCAGUCCCUCUGAAUACCACAAAAUAUAAUACUGCACUAGACACUAAUGCUGUUUUAAUCAGUUCCUUCAUCAAAUUUCCAUAUCCUACACAAGCAGAGCUGUCUCGGUUAACAGUUUCCUCCAGGCACCCUGAGGAACAAAUCCGAAUAUGGUUUGCAACACAGCGUCUAAAACAUGGAAUAAGUUGGUCACCAGAAGAGGUAGAAGAAGCACGAAAGAAAAUGUUUAAUGGCACUAUUCAGCAACUACCACAAACUAUUACAGUCCUACCAGCACAAUUUACAGCAGCUACUACAGUCUCACAGCCUCUUCUACAGACAACUGUACCAUGUCAGAUAAUUGGCCAGCCUGGCUUAGUUUUAACCCAAAUACCAAAGGGACCAUCAGUGACCUGCACCCCUGUCACACUUGCUGUUGGUAGCAGCACUGGCCAUGCUCAUAAGCGUCCAUUGCAAAACUCACAUAGUGCAACAGAAGCAAAGCAACUAAAAUUAUUAAAUGUUUCUGUGAAAGACCCGGUCCCCAGUUCAGUAGCUGCAGGCCUGUUACAUGAACGCAAAAAGACCAAGGGACAAAUAGCAGCAUUGAAGAGUAGUUUUAUGAGAUCCCAUUUUCCAGCUGAUGAAGAAAUCUAUAGGUUAAUAGAAGUCACUGGACUUCCAAGGAGUGACAUUAAAAAGUGGUUUAGUGAUAAUAGGUAUAGAACUCAGAGAGGCGUUAUAAAUAUUACAAGUGAGUCUGUAGCUCCAUUAGGUGCAAAUUACAGUCAGUCACAUAACUUUUAUGACAUAUCACCUCACAAAUUCAAAGGAAAAAAUGCAGAACAACUUAAAAUUCUAGAGAACAGUUUUCUUACAAAUUCUUUCCCACCUGAAAGUGAGAUUGAUAGACUGAGAGUAGAGGCUAAAUUAACCAGAAGAGAAAUUGAUUCUUGGUUUGCUGAGAGGAGACAAUUAAAGGAAAACACAGAACAAGCUAGUUUUGAUAUCACAAAUGUAGACAGCAGUGACAGUGAACAAAAGACACCUAAUGGAUCCAUAGUUGAAGGUGGAGAGAUCUCUAGCUCCCCAUUAUCCAGUCCAUUGCCCUUUAGUAUACCCAGUUCUUCUAGUAUAGCAAUUAAGAAAACAGAUCAGCAGCUUCAUUUUCUAAAAAGUAUGUUUAUACGGACGCAGUGGCCAUCACCAGAAGAGUAUGACCAGUUGGCAGAAAAGACAGGGCUUGUUCGAACUGAAAUUGUGCGCUGGUUCAAAGACAAUCGAUUAGCUCUAAAGAAUGGAAGCUUAAAAUGGUUUGAGCAAUACCAGAAGCAAAAUUCAGAUAGACUCCUAGAUGAGGCUGAAAACAAGGGACCAGUUGAAACAGCUGUUCCUUUCAGCACUGGAGCAACUGUUCUUGAAGAGUAUUACAGACAGCACAAAGAAUUAAGGGAAGAAGACUUGGAAAAAUUAGCUGAGAUUUCCAGACUGAACUGUGAGCAGAUCAGAGAGUGGUUCACAAAACAAGAAACUAAGAGCAGAGGUGAUCAAGACAAAAAAGGGAAUGCAGAUGCAGACGGGGAUGACUUUACUGUUGAGGAUAGAGACUGUGAAGUUGAUGGAGCUGAUGAUAAUAAUAAUGAUUAUAUGUCUCACUACACAAAUACUAUGAGUCAGACAGUCCAAGGAAGCCCCCCACAACUGGCAGAAUAUGAUUCUGAAGGAAUGGUUGCAGAUAUUUCUUUCAUUUAGCAGGAGAUAAUGCAGCUGGCUUGAGAGAACAUGAAGUUUGCUUUGAUUAUAAUUUGUCUGCUGAUACCGAGAAGUACAGUAACUUGUGAACUUUGUGGCUCAGAAUCACAUUUAAUCUACGAAGGUGGAUGUCUCAUUGAACUGAUCAUCAGCUUGAAACUGUCCAUAGUGCCAAAGUUCUGCUACUAUGUUCCAACUUUCUGAAGUACGUCUGUAAAUACGUCAUUUCCACUGUACUGGAACUUCGUACAGUGUGGGACUUUUGUUACCUUUACAGUUUGUGUGAUGUUUUUCUGCAAGUCCUGCAGAGCAGCAUGUUCUUUUUAAGUUUAACAACCAAAAUAUAAAUCUAAGAUACAUUCUCAGCUAUUUCAAAUUUAUUUUUGAUGGUAUGAACAUUUUUUAUGAACUGGAAAGCAUUUUCUGCUAAGUUUAUGCUAGCAGUAUUUUAAUGGAUGUCUUUAAAAAUAGUAAAGCCAUCCACAAACCAGAAUGUAACCAGUAGCACCAUGUCUAAAUCAGUUUUUUAAUGGUGUAGAUGCUCAUAUUCUUUUCUUUCAUUAGCCAGGGAAAAUUUACUGGAUACAAGUGUCCCUUUCCAGGGAAGACCCAGGAGCACUGUCUGGCUAAGUUCAGUCAUGCAAUAGCAAAUGGAAGGUAAGGGAAUCAUACCCGACCACAAGAAACCGCUUAACAACUCAUAGCCUUAAACCUUUGCACUGCCAUAACUCCUCUGAGCAAUGUGACCUGUCUUUACUUUGUCAGUGCUAGGUUUGUUUUCUCAUGAACUGCUAUGCAGCACAUAACUGUUAAUGUUGCUGGUCAUUGUUGCUGUUUUCACUUAACUAAUGUACAGUGCCGCGGCUGCAUUUUGAAGAAUAAUUAAUGGUGAAAAAAGGCAUGUUAACAUCAGAAAAUAAGAGGUUUUUAGAACUGGUGGAGACAUGACAUCCAAAUGAGCCUAGAUUUGCUUUAUUUAUCUACCUGUUCAAUUUCUAAUUAAUGUCAAUAAGGUAAGCAAUUUUUUUUAAUGGUUGCGUAUAUUAGAUUUUAUCCCUUACGAUAGACUGAAGUAUUUUGCUGGUAAAAUCAGAUGCCACCUCAUGUUUAAGAUACACCCUAUGUAGAUUAGCUAACACUGGCAUCUGCCACUCCGAAACACAGUGGGGUACAGGAUAUCAAAGGUUUGUCACAUAUGAUAUUUGUAAAACCGAAAAUUUACUUUUUUAUUUUCUUAACCGUUGAAUCCACUUAAUUUUUUCAGUGAACCUAGAAACUGACAAUAACAUAAUGUUUGAUAUGUGAUUUUAGUAUUACGCAAAUCUGUGCUGGUACUUUUUUAAAACUGUCCUAUUUUUGAAAAAAAAAUCAAGUUUGCUGUAUUAGUAGCUAUGUUUAGAAAGCACCCUUAUCUGAAUAUACUGCACAAAUUGUGUAGAUGGGGAAUGUAAAUACAUUUUCUAACCUGUUCUUUAUUGUGUUGUACUUCAAUAAAAAACGAGAGCACAGCUUA